GCUCGCUAACGUGCUCGAGGAGGUUUGUCCUGUGUGGGUUCCCGUCCCUCACGGCGGGGGGCCGCGUCAGUCAGUCAGUCCGGACGGGAGGGAGCGGAGGGCGUGAGAGCGACGCGGAGCCGAGCCGGCGGCGGCCGGACGGGGGGGAACGAAUGGCGGCGGCGGCGGCGGCAGGAACGACGGCAGCGGCGGCCUACGCCAGCCUGAAGCUGCAUAUAACACCAGAGAAGUUCUAUGUGGAAGCUUGUGAUGAUGGAGCAGAUGAUGUGCUUGCAAUUGAUAGAGUCUCCACGGAAGUCACUCUUACAGUUAAGAAAGAUGUUCCCCCUUCAGCCGUUACAAGGCCUAUUUAUGGUAUUUUGGGAACAAUCCGAUUGGUGGCAGGCACAUAUCUUAUUGUAAUAACAAAAAAGAAAAAAGUAGGUGAGAUUUUCAGUCAUGCAAUCUGGAAAGCAACAGACUUCGACAUCCUCUCCUACAAAAAGACCAUGCUGCACUUAACUGAUAUUCAGUUGCAGGACAAUAAAGUAUUUUUAUCAAUGCUUAAUCAUGUCUUGAGCGUGGAUGGAUUUUACUUCUCAACAACGUACGACCUAACGCACACUCUGCAACGGUUAGCCAACACGAGCCCAGAGUUCCAGGAAAUGAGCCUCCUAGAGAGGGCAGAUCCACGAUUUGUAUGGAAUGGACAUCUUCUUAGAGAAUUUGCUGCUCAACCAGAGAUCCAUAGGUUUGCUACGCCAGUGAUGCAUGGAUUUAUUACUAUGCAUUCUUGUUCUAUAAAUGGCAAGUGUUUUGACUGGCUGCUUGUUUCCAGAAGAAGCUGUUUCAGGGCUGGUGUACGCUAUUAUGUAAGAGGCAUUGAUUCAGAAGGACAUGCUGCGAACUUUGUUGAAACGGAACAAAUUGUGCAUUACAAGGGGAGCAAGGCAUCGUUUGUUCAGACCCGUGGAUCAAUUCCUUUUUUCUGGUCUCAAAGACCAAACCUCAAGUAUAAACCAAAGCCACAGAUCAGCAAGUCAGUAAAUCAUAUGGAUGGCUUCCAAAGACAUUUUGACUCGCAAAUAAUUAGCUAUGGAAAGCAAAUGAUUGUCAAUUUGGUUAACCAAAAAGGUUCAGAGAAGCCUCUUGAGCAAACAUUUGCAAAAAUGGUAAACAGCAUGGCAAAUGGAAUGGUCAGAUAUGUAGCAUUUGACUUCCAUAAAGAGUGCAGUCGGAUGAGGUGGGAUCGACUUCAGAUUUUGAUGGAUCAACUAGCAGAACAGCAAGAUGAGUUUAGUUAUUUUCUAGUUGAUUCCGAUGGUAAAAUAGUGACUCAGCAGGAAGGAAUAUUCCGCAGUAACUGCAUGGACUGCCUUGAUCGGACUAAUGUGAUUCAGAGCUUGUUAGCACGCCGAUCUCUUCAAGCCCAGCUUCAGAGGCUAGGUGUUCUGCAUGUCGGACAGAGAAUUGAAGAGCAAGCAGACUUUGAGAAAAUCUACAAAAAUGCAUGGGCUGAUAAUGCUAAUGCUUGUGCCAAACAAUAUGCUGGAACUGGUGCCUUAAAGACAGAUUACACAAGAACUGGGAAGAGGACUCAGUGGGGCUUAAUAAUGGAUGGCUGGAACUCAUUAAUACGUUACUACAAAAAUAACUUUUCUGAUGGAUUUAGACAAGAUGCGAUUGAUCUUUUUCUUGGAAAUUAUUCAGUGGAUGAAGUGGAACCUGCUAGUCCUCUACAUGUCAAGAAAGAUUGGAAGUUCUUAGCUUUGCCUAUUAUUAUGGUGGUUGCUUUCUCCAUGUGCAUUAUUUGUUUGCUAAUGGCUGGUGAUACAUGGACAGAGACACUGGCCUAUGUGCUUUUCUGGGGAAGUGCAAGCUUUGGAACUUUUGCCAUCAUCCUUUACAAUGGCAAGGAUUUUGUAGAUGCACCCAAGCUGGUCCAGAAAGAGAAGAUGGACUGAAUUUGUGUGUGUGGAAAGCGGCUUGGUACUGAGGAUUCCUCAAGCCACACCUGGAGUCUCUACUGACCUGCUUUCCACACCAAAUAGUGGUCUUUUUAACAUUCUUCCUUAGCAAGGGGGGGUGGGGGGGAGGAGAAAAUCAUGUCCUUUGGUGGUGGUAGCUUUCAACUGAGAACUGACUCGACAGUCUUAGUUGCAGUGGUCCUUGGAAUAUUGCAUUAGUGGAGGGGGCUCCACUCUUACUGGGAUAAUGCAAAGAUGAAAGCCAGCUUUUUGGUGUCUGGUGUGUUUUAGGGCAUAUGUGGACUGCUUAAGCUCAUAGUCCACCUGGGCUGUUUCAGCUCAAUUUUUGGUCUCUGGCUUGACAGGAGAGAGCUCUGAUGCUGUUCAUGUGUCAAAAACCCCAGGUGUUGAAGCAUUGAACAAAUGGCUUCAUACCAAUGAAAAGUUUAGUUCUAAGACUUCGAGCUGGAUUACAUUUGUUGUGAGAAAGUCCAUGUGAAGGAGUCCGUGCGUAUUUGUGUGUGGAUUCUUUUCACUAAAUAUAAAAGAUUUCUGAAUCCUAAUGCUCUUCUAAAAUGAGCUUUUUGUCCUGUCUUGUUUAUCUAGGACUGAUGCAAUAUUCUACUAAUCAUAGUUUGGGUGAAAGGACAGUGUAAUUGGAUGUUCCUGAAGUUGCAAAUGUCUUGCACUGUUUCAAUACCACCGUCAACAGAUGAUGAUUCAUUAGUUAGCAAGUUAAAAUGCAGAGUUUUCUUUCUAAAGAUGUAAAUGAAAUCAAAGAAUGUAAAAAUCCUUUGCAGUGUUUAUUGAACCUUCCUUAUGCUAAAGGUCCAAAGUACUCUAUUACUUUAGAAUGGGUCACAAUGUAAAAGGUGAACUUCAUAUUGUUUUGCUGGUCAGCUGCUUCUAUUCUUGGUUAUGUUGAAAUAAUUUAUGAAAGAAGGAAUAACAACCUGAGGAGAAGUUGUUUAGUCUAAACUCCAUGUUUCCACUUGGGAGCAGCAGCUUGCUUUUCAUGCAUGAUACUGUAACACACUCUUUUAAAAAAAAAAAAAAAAAGAGGAAAAAAAAAAGCUACAGAAUAAUUUGUGCUGGUUAAUAAUAAAUGUGUGUCUUUAAACUUAGUGCUUCCAAGCUGUAUAAAAAUAAGUAAUCCUAAUCAAGGACCAAUUUUAAACUAUUUUGUCACUUAUUUUAUAUGGUUUGUUCAAAACCAGACAUGGAACUUGCUUAAGGCGCUGUGCAUUGUUUAAUAUUUCCUGUAAGUACAGCUGUAUAUUCAGAUUGUGAGUAUAAAAUUUAAAUGGGGGGAAGGGAGAAACAUGUAGAAUAAAUACUAGGACUAGCACAGUUGUCACUAUUGAAGCUAGAACACAACACACUGAUACUCCAAUGUUUCCUUGUGUUAUGACUGAAAAUAUGUACAGAUUUUUGCAACUGUUAACUGUCCAUUUUAACCUUGAAUGUUUCUGGAGGCCUCUCUGGGUUUCGUGUAAACAUAACCUGUUCAUAAGCACUAGUACUUGCAAAGUAUCUGUUUGCUUCUAGAUGCUGUAAUGGAAAUACCAGUUGACAGUUAACUGGAAAAUCCUCUAAAACUUAAAAAGUUUUUUAAGGUGAACUCCGUUAUGGGCACAAAGUACAAGACCAUCGUAGACCUGAUCUUUGACAAUUGUGGUUUGGAUGGCUUGCUGGCAGGUGGCGUUUGAAGCUUGGUUCAGUUGUCUUGCAGUCUAGAACUGAAUCUUUGCUUCUUGGGUGAUGAACUUGUUGCAGCAAAGACCAAACUUGAAUUGCUUUUAAGACCUAGAAUCAUGUAGGUUUUAGAAGGUGGACAGCACCUGUAUUUCAGUGCUUUGCAAAGAGUCUGUAUUUCUAAAAUCACAACUGGUGUACUCAUAAAUGACAAUAAAACGUUCAACUUUUCUAGA